AUGAAUGCUGAAUCUGAUUAUAAUAUCAAAAAAGAUGCUAAGCGACUUUAUACAAUUAUGUUAACUAAAAAUGAAUGGCAAAUAUUAGAACAAUUAAUUAAUUUAUUAGCACCUUUUGCUAAAGCAACUACUUUACUUGGAAAUUAUCAAAUCGAAUCUGAAUCUGAUAAUAUAAAUUUUGAUGAUAUUACUACAAUAUUUGAUGAAGAAAAAAUUAUUGUAGAUUAUGAUUAUGAUAAUGAAAUUGAAAUUACUAUAGAUGCUAAAGAAAUAAAUGUAAAUGAGUCUAUUGAAACUAAGGGACUAGUAUAUAAAGUAAAAAAUGCACUAUAUGAAGCGUUAAAAUAUUAUUGGAAAUUACCUUUAGAAAGUUCUUUAAUUGCAACAUUUUUGGAUCCAAGAU